CUGUCAAAGAUAGCUGUCAGCCAGGAUCAAACACAGUCAAUGAGAGGGGCUGGAGAGACGCACAGAUCUCAGGUAACCGCCAGCACAAAGUAGGUUUAUUAAAAGAAAACCGGAGGGGAAACACGCGCCUUUUCAUGAAUAAGGAUUCUCGGUUAUUCGGAUACACGCUGUGGAUUUCUGGAGGAGAAACACCACACAAAGACCAUUUCCCUCUGCGCGUCACCGGGAAAAAGUGGGCAUUUUUGGACCGAGAUGAAGACGAAAAAAGGUUUGAUGAUGCUUUCGGGCAGCGAGACGGACGACGAGGACAGCGUGGACGCGCCUCUGGAUCUGUCGUCCAGCUCGGGGAGCAACGGGAAGAGGAAACGGCGGGGAAAUCUACCCAAAGAGUCGGUGCAGAUCCUCAGAGACUGGCUGUACGAGCACCGAUACAACGCCUACCCCUCGGAGCAGGAGAAAGCCCUGCUGUCCAAGCAGACUCAGCUCUCAACACUACAGGUGUGCAACUGGUUCAUUAACGCUCGGCGGCGGCUCCUCCCAGAGAUGCUGCGGAAAGACGGCAAAGACCCCAACCAGUUCACCAUCUCACGGAAAGGCAGCAAAGGGGGGGACAGUUUCUCCGACAGCUCGCAGUCUCCGAAGCACGGCAGCCCAGCAGGGGGUCCGGAGGAGGAGAACUACGACCAGCGGGUGCUCAGCCCCUCCAUAUUCGACCCCCCAGGAGUCCUGAGGAAGAUGACGUCGCCUUCCUCGUCUCCGACUUCCUCGUCUCCGUCUCCGUCUCCGUCUCUUUUCCCCAUUCGCCCGUCUGUCAUCUGUCACACCACUGUCACCGCGGCGAUGCAGCCCCUCCCCUCGGUGACGAUGAUGAACUCUGAGCUGCUGCAGGUUCAGGCGCUGCUCCGGUGCCAGGAUGACGAAGGGAGCCAUAAACCCCCCCCCACUACCACCAUGCUCACGGGCAUGGAGGGGAACCUGAGCCCCCGCAGCGGGCUCUUCAACACGCCCCCCCCGACCCCCCCGGACCUCACACAGGACUUCAGUGGCUUCCAGCUCCUUGUGGAUGUUGCCCUGAAACGGGCUGCAGAGAUGGAGCUGCAGGCCAAACAGCUGGUGUCUUAAAGCCAGAACAAGAGGAAAGAAAGUGACUUUGUGUCUCGACUUGGGGUCUCCUCAGUGACUUGGGGUCUCCUCAGUGACUUGGGGUCUCCUCAGUGACUUUGGGUCUCCUCAGUGACUUUGGGUCUCUUCAGUGACUUUGGGUCUCCUCAGUGACUUGGGGUCUCCUCAGUGACUUGGGGGUCUCCUCAGUGACUUGGGGUCUCCUCAGUGACUUUGGGGUCUCCUCAGUGACUUGGGGUCUCCUCAGUGACUUGGGGUCUCCUCAGUGACUUGGGGUCUCCUCAGUGACUUGGGGGUCUCCUCAGUGACUUUGGGUCUCCUCAGUGACUUGGGGUCUCCUCAGUGACUUUGGGGUCUCCUCAGUGACUUUGGGUCUCCUCAGUGACUUGGGGUCUCCUCAGUGACUUGGGGUCUCCUCAGUGACUUGGGGUCUCCUCAGUGACUUGGGGUCUCCUCAGUGACUUGGGGUCUCCUCAGUGACUUGGGGUCUCCUCAGUGACUUGGGGUCUCCUCAGUGACUUUGGGGUCUCCUCAGUGACUUGGGGUCUCCUCAGUGACUUUGGGGUCUCCUCAGUGAUUGGGGUCUCCUCAGUGACUUGGGGUCUCCUCAGUGACUUGGGGUCUCCUCAGUGACUUGGGGUCUCCUCAGUGACUUUGGGUCUCCUCAGUGACUUGGGGUCUCCUCAGUGACUUGGGGUCUCCUCAGUGACUUGGGGGUCUCCUCAGUGACUUGGGGUCUCCUCAGUGACUUGGGGUCUCCUCAGUGACUUGGGGGUCUCCUCAGUGACUUGGGGGUCUCCUCAGUGACUUUAUCUGCAGAUCAAAUCCACACGAAAGCCUGAUCAUUCUAUUUUUGGUAAACCAAUCAAAUUGAUGAGUUUUUUAUUGACUGUAUCGAGGUGCCUUGGCUGUUUAUUAAUUUCAAAUACAUGCGUAUGUUAUCUACUACAUGUGUAUCUUAUUUGCACACAGGGACCAAAAAUGUUAUCAGAGAAAUGCUGCCUGUCUUACGUCUUUCCAUUAUAUCGUUUUAGGGAGCGGAGAAGGAGUUAGAGUCGCGUCCGCACACGUUUACUGUUGUACAUUUCACAGAUGAGUUCAUGCUCGGUUUGCCUCGUUUGUUUGCACACUAAAGGCAGAGGAAGGUCAUCUCAGUGUCUUAAACAUACUUCAUCUAUGACAAACAUAUUCACUACUGUAGUAAAUGUUUUCAUGAGUACAAGUAUAGUUUUUAUUUUGUUAUUUAGCUGUCUUUUUUGUUUGUUUUUUUAUACUCUUUUUUUUCCCAUCAAGGGAUAUUUCAGAUGACCAAUGUAGCAGGUUCUUAGUCUGAGCCUCCAUCCCAUCACUCAGCGGAGAAACGACGGCCAGUGGACUGUAACAUUAAAACACUACAGAUGUUUUUGUUUCGGCAUUUGCUGACAAAGACAGCAUUUUCUGAAAUCACCAAAAAAAACAUUUCCAUGUAUUAUAGGACCAUGUGUAUAGUUAAUGUGACAUGAUGCCCAAUGAUGUGAUUUCUUUUUUCAUACUGUGCAAUGCUUGUGGCAAAUAGGGGUCACAUGGGAUUCAAAUAAAGUUUUGUUUUUCUACA